AUGCAUCAUCCUAUAGGGCCAGACACACAGCAAGCACGGUAUCAUGAGGGUGAGACGGCCACGUUGGAUAUUGUACCACACCUUGUAGGGAAUGGCGAUGCAGAUAUUCUGGGCCUCUCAUUACAAAGGUUCACAGAUUUUCCUGUGGACACCCCAUUUUUGGACAAUGCGUUCCAUUCUUGUAAUCUUCCACCUGAUUUCAUCGUUCAGGAAGGCUUGCAUGAUACGGUACCUACCAAAACACCCGAUUACAACGAUCCUAUGAGUGAUAUUAUGUUCCGGGCUUGCACAACGCUUGAUAACGAUAGCACCUCAAUAGAACUGAGCCCAGAGAAUACGUCAUCAGUUUCUGAGCAACCAGUUGUUGGUGGAUCUAAUGACGUGUUCCUUGCCCAUACUGCGCAAUCGUCUCCAGAGCAAUCCGGGAGUCAAAACAAUAGCGGAUGGCAGGAGGAUAUUGAAGAAGACGACUUAAGCCACCUUCUUCUACAAUCGGCUUCCGGUUUUAUAAACUAUUUGGGCAAGUCCGAACUUUAUGGUGCGUUACAGUCUCGAUUCUGUGGCUGCCAGCUGCUGAAUCUGCCGCUAAUUCGUCGUCUCAAGUCGAUUCCUGGCACGGAGCUAGGUCGAAAAUUUAUAAGCGACGUGACUGGGUCGACGUACUUUUCAGAUCAUAUAACAGCUUUCCUCGAGAAUUGGUCUCCCAGUACUCCGAAUAUCAGUGAACAUAGCACAUACGAUAAAUCUCGUUUGCCAUCUUACGAAGUUGCACAAUCUUGGAUCGACGCUUACUUCGAUUCAGUCCAAUGGUAUUUAGAGAGCUCUUAA